GAAAAAGAAGAAAUAUCAACUUGGAAAAGAGGAGUCCAGCAGAGGCGGAGGUGGAGCGAGAGCGAGAUAGAGACUUGACUCGUAGGUAGAGACUCAAUAAGAAAGAACUAACAAGGAGGAGAGGAAAAGGAAAGAUACCUCAAAGAUCCCGGAUCUUCUACUCUAUCUCUUUUCACAAGAAGAAACAAAAGGAGAAAAAAAAAUUAGAAAUAAGUAUAAGCCUCCCCCCUCCCCCUUCAUAUUCCUUUUGUUUCUUUUCUAUUUCCAUUUUAAAUUUUAAUGUUUUGCCUCUCUAUUGUUGUCUUCUCGCCUGUCUUUCCGUCGUCUUUUACAUUCACUUAUCUGUAACACAUUUUAAGAUCCGAUCUGGGCAUCUGUUGUUUGGAGGGUCUUUCAAUUUCUCUCUCCGUCCCUCCGUCUCUUCCUUUUUCGUUUUCUCUCAUUCAGAUUUUGCACAAAUUAAAGUUUGAAAGAGAGAGGGAAAGAAAAAGGAGAAAUGGAGAGUGAGAAGAAAUCGUCGGCGGUAUCAGAUGUUGGGGCAUGGGCGAUGAACAUAAUCAGCUCAGUCGGGAUUAUCAUGGCUAACAAGCAGCUCAUGUCUGCCAAUGGUUAUGGAUUCAGCUUCGCCACAACUUUGACCGGGUUCCACUUUGCGGUGACUGCACUUGUUGGUCUGGUCUCAAAUGCCACCGGUUAUUCCACCUCAAAGCACAUUCCUCUAUGGGAACUCUUUUGGUUUUCUAUUGUCGCAAAUAUGUCUAUCACGGGAAUGAACUUUAGCCUCAUGUUAAACUCAGUGGGAUUUUACCAAAUCUCAAAACUUAGUAUGAUCCCUGUGGUUUGUGUGAUGGAAUGGAUCCUUCAUAACAAGCACUACUCAAAAGAAGUCAAAAUUGCUGUUGUUGUAGUAGUAAUUGGUGUGGGAGUUUGCACUGUCACCGAUGUAAAAGUUAAUCUCAAAGGUUUUACAUGUGCAUGCAUAGCAGUUUUGUCAACAUCUUUGCAGCAAAUUACUAUAGGUUCACUACAGAAGAAGUACUCCAUUGGAUCUUUUGAAUUGCUGAGCAAGACAGCACCUAUUCAAGCCCUCUCUCUCCUGGUUCUUGGUCCAUUUAUUGAUUACUACCUAAGUGACAAAUCUCUACUGAACUAUAAGAUGUCUUCUGGUGCCGUUUUGUUCAUCCUUCUCUCAUGCUCUCUCGCUGUGUUCUGCAAUGUGAGUCAAUACCUGUGCAUUGGACGUUUCUCAGCUGUCUCCUUCCAGGUGUUAGGUCACAUGAAAACAGUGUGUGUUCUCACGUUGGGUUGGCUGCUCUUUGAUUCAGAGCUGACUCUGAAAAACAUAUCGGGCAUGAUUCUAGCAGUUGUUGGUAUGGUCAUUUAUAGUUGGGCUGUGGAGGUUGAGAAGCAAUCCAAUAUGAAGACUAAUAUCAAUGUGAAAAAUAGCUUGACAGAGGAGGAAAUUAGACUUUUGAAGGAUGGAAUGGAAUCCAAUCCAGUUAAGGAUAUUGAACUAGGUGAGACUAAAGGAUAAAUUUCACUUUAUUUUCUUAGGUCAUUGCAUUGUUCAUGUUGCGUCUAGAGUCUUAGACUUAUCCAUCUCCCGGUCCCUACACCGACUCAGUUUUAGAUAUUAUAUGCUCGAGUAGAAACCCUGUCCGUCCAGUUAUAGUUUUCUUAUUUAAAUUUAAAAUUUAUACGUUUAUAUGUAUGUAUAUUUUUUUUUCUUCAUAAUAUUUAUGCUGAGAGAUUAGUGGCAAGACCCAGAAAGGCUGGUACAAUGUAAACGUCUCUUGUAACUGGAGACCUGUUAUUUUAUUUACUUUUGAUUGAGUUCUUUUCUUAUUUGUGUAUGUAUCAAAUACCAAUACGAC